UAUUUCAAAUUUAUGUCUACACUUUUUUGCAUGUAAUUUGUACAAAAGUUGACUGCAUUGUGAUUUGUAAAAGACCUGACAUGUGAGAAGAACAAUUGUCAAAUGAGUGUUUUAUUUCUAUUCAAUAGUAUAUCCUUGUUCAGCACAAAAAAGUUGAAAUUCAUAUAUAGUAUCACCAUAUCCUAUCACUCAACAAUGGCUUCAAGGCUUUAGGACAAAUGGUGGAGCCAGGAAUUCUAACAAGAACUUUCAAAAAUUUGGAAUAUUUGUCACACCUGGAUUUCGAACCUGCAACCUAAAGCAGUUUUUGAGCCACCUUUGCCGCUACACUAGAAGCUUCCCUUACAUUAAAAGCAUUCAACAAUUUAUAUAUCUACAAAAAAGGAUUGUUUUAACCAAUUGAAACCUCUUGGACCGUGUAGUUGCAUCCCUGUACGGAACUAUGAUUUAUAUUCUAAAUCUGGCCCUGGAUAUGAGAAAAAGGAUCCGGUUCAUCCUCGUAAACAGUCGUUUCAUGACAGUUUCCGCCAAAAUGAUUCAUCUGUUCCCAGAAACCUCAAGUCCUUUACCUUCAAUGACCUCAAGAAUGCCACUAGGAACUUCCGAGCUGAUAGUCUUCUCGGGGAGGGAAGUUUUGGAUAUGUCUUCAAAGGAUGGAUAGAUGAAAAUACUUUUGCUCCCUGCAAACCGGGAAGCGGGAUGGUGGUAGCUGUCAAGAAACUUAAGCCAGAAAGCUUCCAAGGGCACAGAGAAUGGCUUGCAGAGGUUAACUACUUAGGGUUGCUACACCAUGAAAAUCUAGUGAGGUUAAUUGGAUAUUGCUCAGAGUUUGAUAACAGGCUUCUUGUGUAUGAGGUCAUGGCAAAAGGAAGUUUGGAAAAUCAUUUAUUUAAAAAGGGAGUUCAGCUUAUACCUUGGGCGACACGAAUGUGUAUUGCAGUAGAUGUUGCACGAGGCUUGUCCUUCUUACACGGACUUGAAGCAAAUGUGAUUUACCGCGACCUCAAGGCUUCAAACAUACUACUAGACUCAGAUUUCAAUGCCAAGCUAUCGGAUUUUGGUCUGGCAAGAGAUGGUCCUAGUGGAGACAGAACUCAUGUCUCAACCAGGGUUGUAGGUACUACGGGUUAUGCUGCACCAGAAUAUGUUGCAUCAGGUCACUUGACACCAAAGAAUGAUGUCUACGGCUUUGGAGUUGUUCUCUUGGAGUUGCUAUCUGGAAAACGAGCGAUAGGUGACGAAAACGCAGGAGGUGCUGAUGAAACAUUGGUGGACUGGGCAAAACCAUUCCUAAGUGAUAGCAGGAGAGUACUGAGAAUCAUGGACACAAGGUUGGGAGGACAGUACUCAAAAAAAGGUGUCCAAACUGCAGCUUCCCUUGCCUUGAGGUGCCUCGACGUUGAUCCGAGACUCAGGCCAACCAUGGAUGAGGUUCUAGCUACACUAGAACUUAUGCAAGCACCAAAAGAUGUCACUAAGAUUUCACAGAAGAUUAAACAAUGCAUAUGACAAGUCACCCUCAAUGUACUCUCAUCACAGGCUGAUCCAGGAUUUGAAAGUUUUGGGUGCCACACCGCUUGUAUCUUAAAGAGGAUAACUAACAAAUUACGUUUAUCAUCGGUUUUGUAAACAAGGAAGAGCCUUAGCUCAGUGGUCAAGUCUUAAGUUAGAAGAGGUCUAUGUUCAAUUCUACUUGACCACAAUUUUAACAAUAAAGGUCCGCUUAACUAUUUGCUGAA